AUGCAAUCUAAAUCCACGAUCACCGCCAGCCACGAGAACGAGGAAAAUGAAUCGAUGGAAGAGUCUGUUUUCGAGCAGAUAUGCGACACAAUAUUCGUUCUGAUACCAGAAGUGCCGCGACUGAAGCAGUUGUUCCUAAGUUGGAGCCAGCUAGGCAUCGAAGACAGAGUACAGUUAGACGCGAAAGUGGCCAACUGGUGCUGUCCUAACAGGCGACAGCUAUACAAACCUUUGCAAGAGGCGUUGGUUCGCUGGGAAACUGUGCAGGACACUCAAGGCGCUCCCGGUUGCGAGCCAGGUAUGGUCUCGUUUUCCUGUGAUCCUCAACUGGAGGAGGAGUUGGUCAGCGUUAUUUACAGCCUGGAACUUUUGUUCAGCAAAAAUCGACGAGGCAGAGAGAUCGAUAUGGACUACGAAAUUGGUCGAUGCACAGAAUUAAGAAGAGAGAUGUCCUUGAAUCUAAACUGCGAUGGAAAUCUAUGCUCGAUUCUCAGUGCAAAAGACAGGGCACCUCACUCUGUGCAUAGUUGCAGCUACAUAGCCGAUUUUAAACGACCUGACGAAGAACUGAGCGGUUAUCUGACCAAUUAAGCAUCGAUCGUUAUAUUUCAGCUCAUUUUCAUCUCUGACGUUCUGUCUGGAUUUAUCGAAAAUUCUCUAAAUGCAGAAACACUGAUCCUUUCUUUUGCGAACAACUUCGUGUUUGGUUAUUCUGGAUGAGUUUCUUUAAUAGAAGAGACGAAGUAGUAUAAAGUAUAGCGUAAGUGCCAACAAAUAUAAAAAUGUGUAGUUAACUAGAGUAGUUUGAAAAAGAGGUUAGGUUUCUUUGCGAUAAAGAAUUAUUUUUCAAGGCGUAGCCAAUGAAAUUUUACGAUGAAAUUAUAAAUACACUGGGAGAAACUAGUUAAUAAGAAAUCAUUCGAACGACAACAAUUUUAUCGAAAAUACCAGAGAUAAUAUUUUAUCAGACGAGUACUAUAGUUCUGUUGAUUAAAAAUACAAUAUAUAAAAUAAACUGCUAAUUUAUCUAGCUUACUCUAAUAAAAGCGAUAAAUACUUAUCAAGGUAAAGAUUAAUUAAAAAUAACUAAUGAAUCUGCUAUUUAAAAUUAAACAAAAGUAUCUAAAAAAUUGAAAGAAAAAGAAAAAUUAUUUUAGAAAAUUAUCAAAAUAAGUCGACAAUUAAUUAGCGACAUAAAAUGUUUUAUUAACCAUCGUUAUACGGUCAAGGUGUACGAGCAUACAUUUAGAUAACAUGAUUCAAUACGAUAAUGAAAGAUGUCAUAAAAUCGUAUGUUAAUUCUCGCCACAAAAAUCACCUUGCCUAUCAUCAACACCAUUCUUCUCGUAUCAAUCCUUUUUUUCGUUAUCAUUUUUUCUUUUUGUCAUUUUCUGUUUUCUUUUCUAAUACAUUUAUUACACAGCAGUAAUGAGUUUAUUCAGGACGAACACUGUUUCUUACGAGAGAAAGGUAAACGUUAUGUAAUACGUGUACACAUGAAUUAACCGCGAGAGCAAGGAACAUCCUUCAUAAUCUCUCACUUCGUUAUCCUUCGGACUAUAAUUUUGUGCAGCUUGGCAAACCAACGGGAACGCAGCCCUUAAUCGUUCACGACACUCAUCAUCUUUAAUUAUUAUUUACAGAAUCGUCAUUUAAAAUCAGACUGAUUUCGAGUUGGAUCCAAUGCGGUCCUCGACUUCGGUUCCUUCGUUAAUACGCCAAAAAUUUGCUUCAAUGAAGAAUGUCUAGGAGAACCUAACUUAUUCCAGAUCACAUCAGCCUGUUAAGUACUGCAAUAGCUCGCUAGAUGGCGGCUACAACGCUUUAGAAGAAUCUCAAGUGGGAUCUGGAAUAAUUAAAGUCCCUUUUUUGUAUUUUUUUCCUUUUUCCAUUUUUACUUUUUUGUUUUUUUUUUUUUUAGAAAAAUUCACGAGUCUAGGACCACAAAGGAGAAAAGUUUCCUGUUUGAAACACGAUUAGCUAUUCUCCUUGCGGAGGAGAGGGUCGCUCGAGGUCGAAUUCAGUUUGAAUCACAGCUGUCUGACAACUAUCAUCCAAUAGUUUGAUUGGACGAGUUUCUAUUGCUACUAGUUUAUUUAUUAUUAUUAUUAUUAUUAUUUUUUAAUUUUUUUUUAUUUUGGACGAUAUCCAGCUUCUAGGGCCUUGACGAAACAACUCUCGAAGAAACACUCCAGGCAGUGACUGUUCUCUAGCAUUCUAUGGUUUCUUGAAACUUCAAAGAAGUCUGAAUUUCAUUUAAACGAGAUUGCUGUCGAUUUAACGUGGUGUCGCCGGGUUUUCUUCAUAGAAGAAAUCAUCUGAGGGGAGUUUGUAUAAUAGUGACGAUAUUGCACAAUCUCGCACUGAUACUUGGACACGCGAGUCUGAAUUUAUAAAAAGU